AUGGCGCCCACUUCCUCACAGCAGGAGCACCCAUUUGGCCAUUUGAUUGACACAUUGCAGAAUGAGAAAAAUGAAGUUAAGAAAUAUUUCAAUCCUCUGAAGCUUGGGGAUCCAAAAUAUGAGAGACUGCCUUUUACUAUUCGUGUACUGCUGGAAGCUAAUAUCCGGAACUGUGAUGGUUUCUACAUAAAACAAGAGGAUGUGUACAACAUUCUUAACUGGGAGGAGAAACAAAAUGAGGCCGAGAUCUCCUUCUCUCCAGCACGGGUAUUACUACAGGACUUCACAGGCAUUCCAGCCAUGGUGGACCUGGCAGCUAUGAGAGAUGCUGUAGCCAAGCAUGGCAUCGACCCCAGUUUGAUCAACCCCAAAUGUCCCACUGACCUUAUAGUUGAUCACUCGCUACAGGUUGACUUUAGCAAAUGUGCCAUUCAGAAUGCCCCUAACCCCGGUGGAGGUGAUGGACCAGGGCCACGCUCUGUCACUACCCGGACCCCUCCCCGUGGGCAUCACAGCAGCAGCAGUCAAUGUGGUGGACAGAGAGGAGGCUGCACAAAAGGCUCCUGCACUGACGUUCCAACCAGAACCACAGCAGUGCAGAUUGAAAACACUCCCCUUCUAUGCCCCUUCCACCUGCAGCCUGUCUCUGAGCCUGAGACUGCUCUCAAAAACCAGGAGAUGGAGCUUUUAAGAAAUAAAGAAAGACUGCAGUUCUUUAAGUGGUGUUCAAAAGCGUUUAAGAACGUUAGUGUGGUUCCUCCAGACUUCAAUUCUGUACAUCAAGUCAAUCUGGAGUACCUGUCUCGGGUGGUGCAGGAGAGUGACGGGUUCGUCUUCCCUGACAGUGUGGUUGGCACAGACUCACACACCACCAUGAUCAAUGGCCUUGGCGUACUUGGAUGGGGAGUAGGAGGUAUUGAAUCGGAGGCAGUAAUGCUCGGACAGCCGGUCUCUCUGACUCUGCCCCAGGUUGUAGGAUGUAAGCUAGUAGGAUGCGUUAACACUCUGGCUACAUCUAUAGACAUCGUCCUUGGUAUCACAAAGCAUUUACGACAGGCUAGUAUUGGUGGGAGGUUUGUGGAGUUUUUUGGUCCAGGUGUGUCUCAGCUCUCUGCUGCAGACAGAACCACCAUUGCUAACAUGUGUCCUGAAUACAGUGCCACGGUCAGCUUUUUUCCUGUAGAUGAUGUCACACUCAAGCACCUUAAACAAACCAACUUUACAGAAGAGAAACUUAAAGUCAUGGAAGCGUACCUAAAAUCUAUAAAGCUGUUUCGGAACGAUGAUGAGCAGUCAGAGGAUCCACACUAUUCAGAGGUGAUUGAGAUAAACCUGAGCUCUAUGGUGCCCAACGUCAGUGGACCUAAACGGCCUCAGGACAGAGUGCCUGUCAGCUGCAUGAAAAAGGACUUUCUUAAUUGCCUCAACGAAAAGGUUGGUUUUAAAGGGUUCCACAUUCCAAAAGAGAAGCAGGCCACUGUGGUCCCAUUUCUACAUGAUGGUACAGAGUACAUGCUGUCUCACGGAUCAGUUGUCAUAGCUGCUGUCAUCAGUUGCACCAACAACUGCAACCCUUCUGUUAUGCUUACUGCAGGCCUCUUAGCAAAGAAAGCCGUAGAAGCUGGCCUUACUGUGAAGCCUUACAUAAAGACCAGCCUUGCUCCGGGCAGUGGCAUGGUUACGCAGUACCUCAACUCCAGCGGAGUGCUGCCUUACCUCAGCCAACUUGGGUUCGAGGUUAUUGGUUAUGGAUGUGCCACUUGUGUAGGGAACACAGCACCUUUACCUGAGUCUGUAGUAGAUGCCAUCAAACAGGGGGAUUUCAUUGCGUGUGGAGUGUUGUCUGGUAACAGGCAUUUCGAAGGGCGCCUAUGUGACUGUGUGCGUGCCAACUACCUUGCCUCACCUCCAUUAGUGGUGGCCUAUGCCAUUGCGGGCACAGUCGGAAUUGACUUUGACAAAGACCCACUUGGUGUGAAUGCUGAUGGUAAGGAGGUGUUCCUGAAGGAUGUGUGGCCAUCUAAAGAAGAGGUGCAGGAUGUAGAGGAGCAGACCGUCAUUGCCUCUAUUUUUAAAGAGCUCAGGAGCAGGAUGCAGAAAGGAAGCACAUUAUGGAAUAACAUUGACGCUCCAGAUCCUGUGUUGUUCCCUUGGGAUUACAAAUCCACCUAUAUUCGGUGUCCUCCAUUCUUUAACAAACUUUCUAAGGAGGUAUGUAGUCCUGGGACCAUUGAUAAUGCACAUGCUCUUCUGUUUCUGGGGGACAAAGUUACCACUGAUCACAUAUCUCCUGCUGGCAGUAUUGCACGAGUCAGUGCGGCCGCCAAGUUCCUCCAGAGCAAACGUUUGACCCCUCGUGAGUUUAACUCGUACGGUGCAAGGAGAGGAAAUGAUGCUGUAAUGACUAGAGGAACAUUUGCUAACAUCAAGCUCCAGAACCGGCUCAUGGGUAAAACUGGACCCAAAACCCUGCACAUUCCGUCAGGACAGACGAUGGACGUAUUUGAAGCAGCAGAGUUGUACCAGAAGGACGGUGUUCCUCUCAUUAUUCUGGCAGGAAAAGAGUAUGGCUCUGGCAGUUCCCGAGACUGGGCAGCCAAAGGACCUUAUCUACUGGGAGUGCGGGCAGUUAUCGCUGAGAGCUUUGAAAAGAUGCAUAAGAACCACCUAGUGGGAAUGGGGAUUGCUCCUUUGCAGUUCCUACCUGACCAGAAUGCUAAUUCGCUGGGGCUCUCUGGCAAAGAAAGGUUCACAAUCUCCAUACCACAGCAACUCGCUCCUCACCAAGAGUUAACCGUACAGAUGAGCACUGGAAAGACCUUCACUGUGGUGGCUCUGUUUGAGAACGAGAUGGACGUGACAUUUUAUAGAAAUGGAGGAAUCCUGAAAUAUGUGGCUCGUAGCAUGUUGCAUUAAGAUCUCUAGUUAAUUCCGAUCUUGACUGAGCCCUGGGACUCUGAAGGAGAGAUCUUACCGCUUUAGGCCUAGCAGAACUGUGAGGGUCCAUUGUGGGUCAGGCAAUGGUUCUGGACUAUGGUCCCGAGAUUAUUUUCAGGACUUGGAUUCUUGUGCCUGUUUUCUGUUGUUUCCUCCAUUGCCCUUCUAGAUUGGGUGUUUACUGGAGGAUGCAUCUUUCUUGCACUUAAAGUCUGCUGUUUCUUUCUAAAGCCUGCCAGCCUACAGAGAUACGAUAGUAGUCCAGACUUCAUGCAAAGUAAGUUCUUGCACUCCCAGUUAAUUGUGCAGGGUUCUUGAACAAACUUCUGAGUGAACUCUGGAUUUCUCUGCUCUUUCUGUGGCGCAUGUGCACAGUGCCUGCUUAGCACAAUGAUGGACGGUGACGCAAAAUGAGAGGAACCGGUGCUAAGCUCUUACAAAGUCUAUACAAUGUCGACACUUUAGUCGGUGCUUCUAGAAGUCAUACUGAUGGUCUUUACUUAUUUCUAUAGUGCUGCAGGCAAAUAAACAAAGCUUCUUUUCUGCUAUACUGGUUAAUUCAGUCCGAGUGUACAAAGUCAGACAACGUCUCAUAGCCCUAAAACCCACUUUAAAAAGUAUUUUCAAACUUACCUCACAUUUUUUUUUAUAUUUAUUUUGACCCGGUCCAGUGCAUCAUCUUUGAUUAAUAUUUUGUAUCUGGAAAUACAGCCCUUCAGUAUCUCAUAAAGAGGGUCAAUGUCUGAAUGUAGUUACUGCAAUAAACAUUGUGUUUUUGGUCCCCCCACUGACAUUUUAUAGCAGCUGACACUUAUUUAAUCUGGGAUAUUUACAACCCCAAAUCAGAAAAAAAGUGGGACUGUAUGGAAGAUGGAAAUAAAAAACAGUGUUUCUUACAUUUACUUUGAAUUUAAUUUAACUACAGAUAGCAGAGUGAUAUUUAUUAAUUUGUCUGGUCAAUGUCAUUUUAUUUGUUAAUAUACAUACAUUACAUACAUUAAGUAUUGUGGAUCCAUGCUGUCUGCAAUUAAAUAAAAGUCAAGGUAAACAUACUGUCCCAACUUCUUUUUGAUUGGGGUUGUAGUUUUUAUUCACCAACAGAAGAAUAUGUGGGAUUUUUGUAAUAAAACAUAAUAAAAGGUUUGCUGUUCUAAUAGAUAGGCAUUGCUACGCACUUAUGAAAAAGCUUGACAAUCUUGUCUUUUUAAACAUGAACAUUAAAGCCACACUAUGGACAAGUCAUGCUGAGUAGAAAGAUCAAUUAAUCUGUCUUUAAACAUGGCCCAAAAAUUAUUCAUCUCUAGGGCUGCGAAAUUAAUCAAGUGUUUAAGAUGCGACUGAGGUCAGAAGUUUGCAUAUACUUAGAAGGGUAUGUCGAGGAAAUGUUGGAUUUUAUUUUUUAUGUGACUGAAUUAUUAUUAUUGAAGCAAGAAAUAUGACAAACUCUACAGCAACUUAUUUCAUGAAAUGUAGAAACUUCCAACAUGCCCUUCUACUUUCUCAUUAGAGAUUAUAUGACUGCAGCCUGGUGACUGAGCCGAAAGCAUUGUAUUGGAAAAAAGAUAAAGAAUCUCUGUAUACAUAUCAAACAGUAUAGUUACGAUUCCAAACUUAAGUACCGUCACUUUAAAUCAUGGCUCUGCAACUUCACGUCCAAGAUUAUUAUUAAGUUAUUAAAGAAAUUUUUUUUUUUUAACUGUAAACCGUCAAGCAGGAGGUUGAAUAAUGGACACAAUUGGGGUGUUCCAACAUGACAAAUCAUUAGUCCACACUAGUUUUGUAAAAGCUAAAUCCGGUUAAAAUUAAGCUUUUCAAAUUGCCUCCUGACCGUAACACUAUCAAUAAUAUGUAAACUGUAUUAGAAAGUCGAGUCUUUGCCACAAAAUUAACAUAUUUACUGGUCUCAAAGUAUUCAAAGUAUCAGCCAUAACAUUAAAACCUCCUUGUUUCUACACACUGUCCAUGUUAUCAGCUCCACUUACCAUAUAGAAGCACUUUAUAGUUCUACAAUUACUGACUGUAGUCCAUCUGUUUCUCUGCAUGCUAUAUUAGCCCCCUUUCAUGCUGUUCUUCAAUGGUCAGGACCACCACAGAGUAGGUAUUAUUUGGGUGGUGGGUCAUUCUCAGCACUGCAUGGUUGUGGUGUGUUAGUGUGUGUUGUGCUGGUAUGUUGAACUACAAGAUGGACUACAGUCAGUAAUUGUAGAACUACAAAGUGCUUCUAUAUGGUAAGUGGAGCUGAUAACGUGGACAGUAAGUGUAGAAACAAGGAGGUGGUUUUACUGUUAUGGCUGAUCAGUGUAUGUGUUUGUAGCAUUAGAUCCUAACUGUCUUACCAGUAUUGAGGUGUUCUUAUGCACUCUUCUAUAUUAUGAAUUUUAGUUACAACUAGCCCUACAGGAGGAUAAAAUAGUUUCAGAAAGUGAUAUAAUUAAAAGCACAAGCAUAUUGUCACUGAAUAUUGUGGUAAAAGUUUGGCCUUGCUUAAUUGUCUGAAAAAAUGAGAUACCUAUUUGCCCAUAUAUUCCAGUGUAACAAUUUGCUCUUAAACAUUUUUUAUUACACUGAUUAAGCCAAAUGUGCAAAUUAUUUUCUAUUCUAAUGCUGUAAUAUGACAGAAAGCUCUGUGAACAUUAACAUUCUAGUUUACUCUUUAAAAUGACUAAAGUCACCUAUAUAUAUAUCUUGUCACAAAUAUCCUAAAAAUAUUUAUAAUGCCAACACUAUUGAACUAAUGUGUUGCCUAUUAAAAUCUCACUGGUACUGCUCCAUUGUAAUAUUUGAAAGUGUAAUUCUUUCUGGAUGUAUUUUCUGAUUAUUUAUCCUACACUUUGCUUAAACAAAUGCCAUGUUUUAAACAGACUGUAAUAGAUGUACAACUACAAAGGCGAUGGUCUAGAGUAGUUCUGUAAGUAGCACUUGUUCUGUUCUAUUUAUGUGACAGUAUGCAUAUGCACAUGCCUACUCGAGAGUAUAGGGGGAAAAGAUGAGUCUCUUUACAAAAAAAACAUGAUACACAUGAUCUGUUGAGUUUUGCUGUUGUAAUUCAUUUCAAUAAACAGAAAUAAAUAAAUGCAUAUUUUAUAUGAUGUUUUGGAUUUAAAUGGGUGUAUACAGAAGGCAAAUCUAGAUGAUCAGGCAUAUACAGUACCAAGUGUGCAAACUCUCUUAGCCUCUCUUAUGAUGUGGCUGUGUUCAGAAUGAACCAAUCACAUUCAAACUCAUGGUAAAUAGUAGUCAGUGACACCUACCAUCAACUGAAGUGGCUCUGAUUAACCUCAUGUAAAGUUCUUGUAGUAGAAUUGUCCUCACAUUUACUUAGUUGCAUUUUACAGCAAAAGCCACGUUCCAUAAAGAGCUUACGAAAUAUAAAAGGGAUCUCAUUGCUAAAAGGUAUCAGUCAGGAGAAGGAUACAAAAAAAUUCCAAGGCAUUACAAAUACCGUGGAACACAGUGAAUACGGUCAUCAACAAGUGCAUAAAAUAUGGUACAACAGUGACAUUAAAAAGAACUGGACGUCCCUCCAAAACAGACAAGAAGAAAACUGGUCCCAGAGGCUGCUAAGAGGCCUAAAGCGACGUUAAAAGUGCUGCAUGUGACCUGAACAGGGUUGUGCACAGAAGAUGCUUCUUACAAUUUGACAGUUUUCAAGCACUUUAACAAAGAAGAGUGGGCAAGACUCCUACCCAAAUGACUGAUUGCUGUUUUUUUUUGUAAAUGAAUUGUUUAGAUUAUAAGUCACAUUAAAGGUGGAAAAUCAUUUUAAAUUAU